AUGACUGUUGAAAGUGGUGCAGCGUUAUCAACGAAACUAGUCAAUAUUGAUGAAGUUAAAUCAACAGCUCGAAAGCAAAGAGUUGCUGCCCAUAGCCAUGUGAAAGGCUUAGGGCUAAAUCCUGAGACGCAUUUACCUAGCGAUAAUGCAAAUGGCUUCAUCGGUCAGUUAGAAGCACGAGAAGCAGCUGGGGUAAUUGUGGAUUUGAUCCGUAUGAAACGCAUGGCUGGACGUGCUAUUCUUCUAGCUGGACCACCAGGAACUGGAAAGACAGCUAUAGCACUAGCAAUGGCUCAGGAAUUGGGUGAUAAGAUGCCGUUUUGUCCAAUGGUCGGUUCUGAAGUCUAUUCAUCAGAAGUGAAGAAAACUGAAGUACUGAUGGAAAAUUUCCGAAGAUCAAUUGGUUUACGUGUUAGAGAGAAGAAAGAAGUAUAUGAAGGUGAAGUCACAGAACUAACACCAGUGGAAAACGAAAAUGCAACGGGUGGAUAUGGCAAAAUAAUAUCGCAUGUGUUGAUUGGUUUGAAAACCGUUAAAGGAAGCAAACAGUUGAAACUUGAUCCAUCAAUUUAUGACACGCUUUUGAAGCAAAAAAUUGAAGUUGGAGACGUCAUCUAUAUUGAGGCGAAUAGUGGAGCUGUGAAGAGGCUUGGUCGAUGUGAUGUAUAUGCUACGGAAUUUGACCUAGAAGCCGACGAAUUUGUGCCACUGCCGAAAGGCGAUGUUCGAAAAUCGAAAGAAAUCGUCCAAGAUGUUACGUUACACGAUCUGGAUGUUGCAAAUGCUCGUCCGCAUGGCACUGCUGGUAAUGUGAAAUCACUUGUCGGGCAGUUGUUGAAACCAAAAAAAACUGAAAUUACAGAAAGAUUGCGGCAAGAAGUUAACAGUGUCGUGAACGAUUAUAUCGAACAAGGUAUUGCUGAGUUAAUGCCAGGCGUGUUAUUCAUUGACGAAGUGCAUAUGCUCGAUAUCGAAUGUUUCACAUACUUACAUAGAGCGCUUGAGAGCACUAUUAGUCCUAUUGUAAUUUUUGCCACUAAUCGGGGUCAGUGCAAAGUUCGAGGUACAGAAAUGAUAGCGCCGCAUGGUAUCCCGUCGGAUUUAUUAGAUCGCAUCUUGAUAAUCAUUACAAAGCCAUAUAAAAUUGAAGAAAUAUUGUCCAUCGUAAAGAUCCGAGCCGACGCAGAAGGUGUAAAACUGAAUGACGAUGCCGUAGAGCACUUGAGCAACUUGGGCGCCGAAACAUCUUUGAGAUAUGUUGUUCAAUUACUUACACCUGCAAAAUUACUUGCACAAGUAAAUAGUCGCGACACUGUUACGAAAGAAGAUGUGCGACAAUGUGCUGAAUUAUUCAUUGAUGCCAAAACAUCGGCACAAUUAGUGCGUUCAAAUGAAGAUCGUAUUCGUACAUCAAAUGGAGAUCAUACUUGUGCGUCAUCUAGUGCACAGCUGGAUCCCGUUGUGACUGCUCAUCCGUUGAACUCUCAGGCAGCGAGUGAUGGCGACGUCCCAAUGGAAACAGAUAGGACAUAA